UUAUAAUUUAGUUUUCUUUUCCUUUCUUGUCAAUGUCUGUUUCCGUAAAAUGAAAAACUUGUGCGAUUUAGUGCUAAAGUAUGAAUCGUUUAGCAAUGUGGAUGAUGAUUUGUUUGCUUACAUCGAUCGUAUUUUAGAGAACGCCUGGGAAAUACAUCAGCGGCACGACCGUGCCACGAUAGAAUUACAGAAGCUGGAACAACAAUUACCGGUACAAAGGGAACGCCAAGCUAUCUGGCUUGAACAAGCCAACAUAACCGUUUCGCCGAUAAGAAAACGUAAACGUAGGUCCAUCGACGCGUUGCUUUCUGCACGCAAAGAAAACGUAUCUGCCGUCGAUGAUUCCACGUUUUUCCCCAACAAAUCCGACCCUGAAGCUUCGCUGGUAGCAACGCCCGUGCUAGAACAGAACAUCAUCGAUUCGGAGGAAUCAUUUUUCGCCCUGUCGCAAAGUCCGUCUAAAAGAGAACCGCUGUCCAGUAAAAAUGAACGCUCGCACCAAACUUCAGAACUGACGCCUUACACCACUUUCGUAUUUAAUAUAGCAGUAAAUCUUAAUUGAACGGUAAAAGAGUGUGUAUUUUACAAUCGUUAUAUUGCGUUUUGAAGGAUUUAUGAAUAAAGCAUUGAUUUUUCGUUCCAUGA